AACCAGGUGCACGCAACAAGCAAGUAGUCCUGUAGGUUCGUUUAGGCUGCAAGCGGCAAGAACCGACAUCAUGACUCAAGAAGAUUCACUAGACGCCGAUUAAGGUUCAUAAGGACGGGCUCAAGGUGCUUAAAAUAACACUGCAAGGCGUCGCGGACCAUGAUGUUCCUGAGCUAUUAAAGCGGCGAAGAUGCAGCCAGCGCACUCGCACAUGAGGCGGACCCCGGCCUACAGCCUCUAGCCAGGUAUACCUUCGUGGCCGCCCUAUCAUGGCUUUCAUAUGAUUAUCGUCAGUGAUUCAACUUAUCUGACACUGUCGAUGAACCAAAGGGAGUUGCGGUCCUCAGUCUUGAACCUAGGUCUCGAGGUAGAGUUAAUUUGGAUGAGAAAGUUCACUGCAAUGUCAUUGGUUUACGGAGCGUUGCGCUAUGGUUCCAUGCUAUGGGCAGUAUCACAAAGUAUCGUAAUUUAUACGUCGCCAUCAAUCGUAACACGUAACAUCUUAACCGAUAUUUGUACCAUAGUCGAGCUUGUUAUCGUGCUUCUGCUGCAAGGAAUGAUGGCUCUCAGAGUAUAUGUACUUCUCGAAAAAUCGAAGCGCGUCCUUACAAUCUUGGUGGUUGGCUUCUUGGCUAGCCAAGCUGUCACUUUCUCCACCAUCAUCUCACUGCUCGCGCGUGGCGGAACCAUCAUGCCACCAGCAAAAGUUGCUAUUUCCGGAAUAGCUUCCUGUCAUACAGAACCUUCCGAACCUCAAUGGGUUUACCCGCUAUCCUGCUCGGCGUUGCUAGUAUUUGAGCUAUUGUUGAUCAUCCUCUGCUUGUAUCACGCCUUCGUGCACCUCAGUUGGCCAAUGACGACAUCUAUCGGACACUACGCUGGUUCCAUAGUCCUGCUAAUGUAUCAACAAAGCCUCAUCUACUUUAUUGUUGCAUUGGUCAGCAUACUACUCAACGCUGUGAGCCAGGCCCCUGCCCUCAGAUCGGUCAGGCUCUCGUGCUCUCUCCGGUCGCGUAUUUAUCUCAUUUGAUCACAAGUCCAUGCUUUUCUCGAUAGUGAACGCAAUGACGGACUUUAUUAUGUUGGCGAUGAUAGGUCCCCGGAUGAUGCUCGGCCUUCGAAAGCAAUACGAAGUUGAUAUUGAUGGUUAUGAUCCAUGCACAUUUCAUGCAGCGACCUUACGAUUUGCAGACCAUAGUGGUACCGAUGAUUAAAAAGAGGCAUAAUUUGAUCAUAUAAACCCUCGAUUGCGGUCCAGCCAAGGAUGCACAGCGCUUUACUAUAUAAUAUGGUUAUUCACGAUUACUGCCGUGUUCAAUAUUGCAAUGCAGUCCUAGCUCGUACGCGGUGAAUGUUCUUCAUGCGCUGACACAAGGAGCACAUACAUCGAUAGAACUUUACUAUAUCAUCAUCUAUCGUUUAUGACUAGAUAUCCA